AUGGAAACUGAAAAUGUCGAAGAAGAAAUUGAUGGAUCAAUUCACAGUAUUCAUGUUCGAAAUUUUUUCUGCCAUGAUAAUUUAGAAAUUAAAUUUAACCGUAACGUAAACUUUAUCGUUGGACGUAAUGGGAGUGGAAAAAGUGCAAUAUUAACGGCUUUGGUGGUCGGUUUGGGAGCUAGAGCUUCUGCCACAGACAGAGGAAGCAAUCUUCAUUCAUUUAUCAAGAAAGGGACAAACUCGGCAACAGUAGAAAUAAAACUCAGGAAUAGUAGCCCAAGAGCUUUUAAACAUGAUAUUUAUGGAGAUUUCAUUACAAUUGUGAGAACACUUAAUGCUUCUGGCGGGUCCAGUUAUAAAGUGAAAUCGGCUUCAGGGGAGGUGAUUUCAACAAAAUUUGACGAAGUAAAAACAAUUAUCUUAGCAUAUGACAUACAAGUGGACAAUCCAAUUUCUGUGUUAAAUCAGGAUACAGUUCGCACAUUUCACACCUGUGAUGCUAAGAAAAAAUAUGAGUUAUUUAGACAAGCUACAAACUUAGAACAGACUGAAAAAAAUUAUAAACAUGCCCUUGAGAACUGUACCAAAGCUGUUGGUAUUUGGAAUAGAAAAAAUGAGGCGGUACAAGAGCUUAAAAAGGAGUAUCUGAAGUGGAAAAACAUACAUGAUCAAAUGCAGUUCCGGGAUGAGAUUGAAGCUAAGAAGAAGGCUCUACAAGAUGAGUACUACUGGAGUGAGAUAGCAGAAUCUGAACACGAGAUGAACAAUAUACACACACAUUGUGAAAAGCAAAGACUUCAGGUGCAGCAAUUGAUGGAUGACCUCAAAAGUGUGGAGCAAAGUUAUGGAACAAAUACCUCUGCAAUUGAUUCAUUAAAACAAACUCUAGAAGAGUGUACUCAGAAGAAAUUAACUCUUGAACAAGAGUUACAGGAGUUGGAGAAUAACUUUCGUACAGAACAGAGCUCACAACGGAGUGCUCAACAUACAGGACAUAAACUUAAUGAUCUGUUAGCUCGUGAAAAAAGAAAGUUCGAUGACCUCGAGCGGGAGAUACACAAUAUAGAAUCCGGCAGUUGUGCCUCCCAACGCAUAGAACUAGAGGCAAGGGCAGAGAAGUGUCAAUCUGCAGAAACGGCGGCGCGAGCGCGUUAUGAGACCCAGAAGAACGAUACUGGGCAGUCAAGGAGCAGUGCAGCGCAUGCGCAGCCCAAAGCCGACCGAGCGGAUGAACGUGUAAGGGCGCAGAGGAGUCGACUUGUUCAACUGAAGCAACAACUCCGUGAACUAGAAUCUCAAGGGGAUGACUCACUAGCGGUGUACGGGGGGAAUAUGGUGGAACUGUGUCAACUGGUUAAGGCCGCCGUCGCGAGGGGAGAAUUUAGUGCUCCACCGCGCGGGCCCGUUGGUAUAUAUUUAAAAGUAAAAGAUAAGAAAUGGGGUGGGGCCUUAGAGCAUAUAAUCAAAGGGUCUCUUAAAACGUUUUGCGUCAACACGCCAGAGGACUCCAGGAAGUUGUUUGAAAUCAUGAGAAAGAUACGUUACGGAAGGGAAGCGAAGCCGGGUGUAACCUGUAGCAAAUUCCUGAGCCAAGUGCACAAUGUGAGCAGACGUUCCGUUCGCGCGGGCAGCUUUACUUCGGCCCUGGAUGCGUUGGACGUAAAGGAUCCAGUUGUUGCCAAUUAUCUUAUUGACAAUAAAAGUCUGGAGAAAAUAUUGCUGGUGCCUGAUCAUGAGGACGCUAUGCGCCUGUCUGACACUCGGGAGAACGUUCCCGAGAAUUGUGUAAAGAUAGUGACAUUGGACAGCACGGAAUAUAGGCCGGCGCCUAACUACCGUUGCUAUGGAGGUGCAGACCGACAACCCGUUUAUCUCCAGACUAGCACUGCUCAGAGGAAAGCACAAUUACAAGCGAACAUAAAAGAAGCAGAGCAAACAUUACGUUCAUACGAAGCAGACGCCAAAGAGUUAAACGAAGAAGCGUCGCGGGCGCGUGACAUUGAGCGAAAAGCAGCGCAAGCGCUACAAGCGUUACUUGUUGAUUUGAGAAAAAAGGAGGAGGAAGCGCGUCAAGCGGUUGCAGCGCUUAAUCAGCAACAGGCACCGCACCACGCUGUUUUGGUUGAUGAACUGAAAAUCUGCAAAGAAAAAGUGCAUUCAUUGAGUGAACAAGUGAAAAGCCAUAGUGGACAAGAACAAGAGUUAAAUGAACGUGUAAAUGACAUUGAAGGGAAGAUAAGAAAUCUUCGGAAAAAGAGAGACAAAGUAGCCGUUCAAUGUAGGAAUCUCAGGGAUGAACUUGAGCAAGAGCAGAUCAAAAUGGAGGGAGGUGUGUUAAAGAGGCAGAGAUACGAACACAGAUUAGAUGAGGACCAAAAGAAGUUGCAGAAAAUGGAAGCCAUUUUAGAAGAGAAGAGAGGAGUUGUUGAUAAGAAAGUGCAAGAGGCUCUUACGUUGUGUCCAAGAGUUGAGAAUCCCAGGGAGCGGGCUGUAGUAACAAGCGAUUUAAAGGAGACUCAAAUGAAGCUAAGUUCACUCACGUCGUCUGGUAUGGAUCGGGCGCAAGUUGCGGAGAAGUUUUUACAAGUGGGACGGAGUUAUAAACGCACGCAAGAUGCAUUGCAGAGGCUGAAUGCGUUGAUACAAGAUAUAAAGACAACUUCAAAUAAACAUCUGGAGUUUUGUCACAAAGUGCAAACGUACAUCGCUCGCCGAGUGCAGUACCACUUUCAAGUCAUACUCUCAUUACGGAAUUACUCGGGCAAAAUGACCAUCGACUUGGCUUCGGGUAGACUAUACAUGGAAUGCAAGAGUGUACAGCAAAGUGAAAAGCAACACGCGACAUCUACCGCAUCGCUAUCGGGUGGCGAACGAUCAUACGCUACUGUGGCGUUUAUGCUCGCUCUGUGGGAUUGUGUGGAGCUGCCUUUUUAUAUUAUGGACGAGUUCGAUGUUUUUAUGGAUGAUAUAUAUCGGAAAACAACAAUAGAGUUGCUGUUAGAACACGCACGGAUCAACAAAAAUCGUCAGUUUGUAUUCCUAACGCCUCAAGACACAUCCUCAGUGACGGCUGGACCAAAUGUCACCUUACACGUGAUGGCAAACCCAAGAGACUAG